CCAUGUAAUGAUUUAACUGGAUAACUGAGGGGAAUAUAUUUCAGCCAUUUUUGAAUUUGAGUCUUUGUGUUUUCCGUUGCUUUAGAUUAAAUAUUUCAGCUUAAGAUACUCUUUUUUUAAAUUUAGUUUAAAGGACCGCUUGUGUUUAAUAACUUCACAGGAAGAGAGAAGUAAAUAUGGGCGAUAAAUCGAAAGAAGAAUUUGAGAAUAAAGAAAACGAAGCGUUAAGAGGACCAGACGCCGAAAAGGGUAAGCGUAAGCCAUCUUUUAAGAGAGAAUGUUCCUCCAUUAGCAGCAGAGAAAUAGAAAAAGACAGACGAAGAUACAAUUUAGGGAUAGGUCUAUUUUCUGUUUUGAACGUUCUCUUGAUAUCAUUGAUUAUAAUCACGGGUUAUUACGUCUUCUCUGAGAAGAAAGUUAUCGUGUUGCGUGAUGCCGACAUAUGUGUGCCCUGUGAAGACUUGAGACUACAUCCGGAUGACAAAAUAGAGGGAAUCGAAAGGCGAGGGGAAAACAAAACAACAUGUUGUAUGAAGGAAGAAGAGGGAUCAGAUGCUCUUGUUGGAUACUUCAUCGAUCACUGGUUAAAGAAGAAACUAGCGACUGAUGACCGACAGUUCAUCCGUUACGAGUGUAAUGAUGAAGACAACUUAGACAAGUCCAAAUCGAAACGAAAACCGAUCAUCAAACUGGUUGGAAAAACGGAAAAACAAACAGCCGAACACCACAAGUUGCGCUGGGAUGGUGACUCAGAAAUGGCAAUUAAAUCAGAUGAAGGUGGACUUACCCACCACAAACAGCAUGGCUUCAUUGAAAUAAAGAAAUCUGGACUGUACCAAGUAUACAGUCAAAUAGUCCUAGACCAUGAUAUGAACUCGCAAAGUCAACACAAUGCUCCGGCUAUCUACCAGCACUCUGUCGUUCUCAUAGAAGCUGGGACAAUGCAUGACAAAUAUGCCAGAGAGAAGAUUAUUUUGAAAACAUCGAACUCGCACUGUGCGAGUAAAUCGAAUAGACAGACAAUUACAAGUUACCUUGGUGGCGCCUUCCAGCUUUCAGAGGGAGAUAAACUAGCAGUAAAGGCUCACAACAAAACAGAACUUGUUCCAGUGCCUCAUAUGAACUUCUUUGGUGUCCAUAUGCUGUAGACAAGAAAUUGGUAAAUCCAAUCCAAUUAUCAAAUAUCAUUUCUAGCUAAUUUCCAUACAUCAGAACAUUUACUUUUAAAGCUGAGAAAUAAAUGUGGUCAUUUCUGGACACUUUCAAUUUAUUUGUAUAGGUGAAAACAAAUCUCAUUUCUAGUAACUUUUAAUACGUUCCAACAUUUAUUUUUAUAUCAUUUUAGCUAAUUUCCAGACAUCGGGACAUUCAUUUUUAUAACUGUAAACAAAAUGUGGCCAUUUCUAACUAUUAUAUAUAUACAUUGCAACAUUUAUUUUAGUAACUGUAAAUCAAAAGUGAUCGUUUCUAUCUACUUUCCAUUAAAGCUGAAAACCUUAAUUAAAUCAUUUUAGCAACUUUCCAUAGAUCGCAACAUUUAAGUUUUAUAACUGAAAAUUAAAUGUGAUAAAAAUACAUAUCAAAUUUUGACAUUAUGUGUGAUAUUAUUUUUCUGUUUUUUGAAUGGAAAAUUGGUGUCACAGAAUAAUCUUUUUCUAAUGUUAUAUUUCAUAAAGUAUGGAGUGUAUUAUGGAUAACAGUAAAGUCAAACCUGUGUUAAAACCACCUCUGAACAGAGACACCUGGCUUUAAAGACCACAUGUUUUAUUUCCCAUUUUAACAUUUACAGUGUAUUUUAACCUGUGAAUAAAGACCACCUCCAAAUAAAGACCUCAUUUUGGCUCUCCCAAGGGUGGUCUUUGUAGACAGGUUUGACUGUAUUUCAUUUAAGUUUAGCUGGUCGAGGUCGAACAUGCUGAUAAAUUGUUUUCAAAUUCAAAUUGUAGAUAGUUAUUGGAGGAUUAUCCAAAUAAAAACUGAACAAACUUUGUAAUGUUUAUUGCUUUAAUUUCAUAAAACAUAUCUGGGAUUGUUACAUCUUGAAUAUAUACACGACAUCUGAAAUCCAAUAUUCGUAUCACGUUUAAAGCUGUUUCGCUGAAGUGGCAAAUUAAAUAUAAAUAUUCUUUUUUGACAAAGUAAUAGAUAAGGUAGAACAUGUUUUUUUAUACUAGAUUCACUUUAGAAACCUCUCAUUGAAAAAAUAUGCAGUAUUCAUUUUCAUUUUGUUUGUUUAAUUUUUAUGCUUGUCAAAUUAUCUUAAUAUUUUCAUAACCAGUUAAGAAGGUAAAUAUUUACUAUAAGAAAAUUAACACAAAAAAAAAUAUUAGUAGAAAAGAACCUAAAAUAUACGGUAAUUUCGACAGAUGAACAAACUUCAUUGGUUAACUUUCCUGAAAUAUAUCUUUCUUUUAAAGUUGACUGUAUGUUUGUAGCCUGAUGACUAAAACGAAAUUUCCUGAAUUUGUUGAAAUGAUAAACAGUUUGUUUUUUUUAGUAUUUUGUCCAUUUCUGAAGCCAUGCUAAAUCAUCAUUUGAGCCGCGCCAGGAGAAAACCAACAUAGUGGCUUUGCGACCAGGAUCCAUGCUGUUCACUAACAGUUUUUUCUAAUUGCAAUAGGCUUUGAAAGCGAACAGCAUGGAUCCUGACCAGACUGCGCGGAUGCGCAGGCUGGUCUGGAUCCAUGUUGGUCGCAAAGCCACUAUGUUGGUUUUCUCAUGGCACGGCUCAUUUUAUAGUUCAUAUCAGUCGUUUAACUUCCUUGUCUAAACCAGGACAAGAUCCCCAUUGUUGGAAAUAUGGAGGCAUAGGAUAUUUUAUCAAAACCUGUUUAAUAUGAAGUUGUUUUUGAUGUUAUUCAAUGAGACUGUGAAUACGUAUUCUGGAUCUUGUCGGACCAAUGCUUAGACGAAACUUUCCAAAAUGAUAAACUUUGGUUUUGUUCAGUAUACAUAUCCCGUCUCAACAAUCGAGAUGAUGAUAUUUUAUUUUUGUAUAGUAUAUAUCCCGUCUCAGCAAUCGCGAUGAUGAUUUUUUGUUUCUUUUUAAACCUGUGGUGCCCGAUAUGCCGGUCGCAUUCGUUCUGGCUAUAAAGUCCAGUUCAUUUCUAUAAAAUCAGUAUACUAUUUAAACAAUUUAUAGAAUAUUUAUACAUGUUUAUAAGGACGUGGAAAAGUGACUGUUUGUUGUGUGAUGUCAUAAUGUUAAGAAUAAUUUAGAAAUUCAUAUAUAAGAAGACAUUUACUGAUUUACGAUGCAUGUUUACAUCUUCCUCCAUUUUCUUGGACAAAUAGCUAUUUUAUGAACGUUUGCGUAGAUCUAGCAUCCACUUGGAGGUUAAACACUUUUAUUAGAUAGGUUGUUACUUUGUCUGCAUGGGCCAAACAGAAUAAAUGAGCCAGACAGUGAAUAUUCUUAUUUUUUGUACUUGUAUAUUAUUUGCCGACAUAAUAUCAUGAACAGUGAUUUGUAAUUCUUCUUUUAGUUUUUGUGAUUCUAGUAAAACUAGCAUUUUUUAAAAGCGCCUUAUAUGUUUGUAUAUAAUUAAAUGCUUUGUUCUUAAAAAGAAAGGGACUGUAUGUAUAAAAAUACGUUUAAUUUAACCAUUUAUAUAUUUUCUGUACUUCUGAUUGAUUAGUCACAUAAGUUAUCAUGCAUGUAUUUAAUGAUAUUGUUUUCUAUGCACAUGUUAUGUAAGAAUAUAUACACAAACUUGUUUCUUUCAGAAAAAGUAACAGAAAUUAUCUAGAGAGGUUUCUUAGUGUAGAAAUAUACAUUUUAGCUUUUGAUACACACUGAGCGCUCAAAGUGUAUUUUGUAAAGAACACAGAGCUUUUGUUUUCAAUUUCAAAUUUUUGAAAUGUGCAUGUUUAUAAUUCUGUCACAACUGAAAUUACAAUGAGAAAACUGGAAUGUUUACUUUUUGUAGACGUGACUGUGUAGGGAUAUACAUAUUUCGCUCUGUCUAAUAAAUAUUUCUAGUGUACAGGGCCCAUUUUGUAUAGAAUAUCUAACUUAUUGUUUUGUUCGUUUCUAAACAAGGUCUAUAUAUAACAUGGGUUAUAUUACAUGCAUAGAUAAUUAUGUCAGACAAAAGUUAAAGUUUGUGAAAAAUAUUUUUGAAUAAAAGGUUUUGUGUUCUCCAGAAAAUAGACCAUUGACCCUCAAAGUAUUUUAUAAGAAGCAGACUUUACAUUUCUAAACAAAGCAAUCUCGCUACUUUUUUCUGAACAAUUCAUAAUAAUAUUAUAUUGAAGAGAAAUACACUUAAGGGGAGGUAAUCAAAAUAAUAACAUGAAACUUAAUAAAACGUUAUAUUGAAGCAUGUUGAUAUAUUGCCAUAACUUUGUUAAUUAUUUUUUUCUAUUUCAAUAUUGUUUGUAGUGAUCUCAAGGAAAAUUAUAUGCAUACUUUUUCAAACAACAUUCAUAUCCAGUGCUAGAAUGUGUAAACUUAUUUUGAAUAAUGAAUUAUAGUAUAUCAAAUCUAAAAUAUCCAAAAAAAAUGUAAGUAUCUUCAAAAUCUGUAUUAUUUUGUUUGUUUCUGUUAUUCUAGGUUUGAAUUUGAAUAAAAUGUUAUUUAAAUGUUA